GUGGCCUAGCAGGAAGGGGCGGGGCUCCGGCUGCGGCGCGUCCGGGGUGCGCGGCGGUGCACGUGGGUGGGGGUGCUCCCGCUUUGCCCCUCGGUCCCCGUAGCGCUGCCCCGUCUCGGCCGUGCCCGGUGGAGGUCGGACCCGGUCCCGGAGGACCGAAAAGCUUAAAACCAACCACUAGGGCUGUGAACCGGUAGCCGUGCUCCGGGAGGAGACCUCGGUGCCGGCAGCGGGCGGGGUCAGAGAGUAAACGGGAACCCCCGGGGGCAGCGGGGACACGGCCCGGUAUAUAUAUAUACAUAUAUAUGUGUGCGUGUGUUGGGAGGGGGAUACAGCCCUGGGCGCUCCACCCGUCCCUCCCGGCGCUCCUCUCGUUUCGAUUUCGUUUCCCGGAAGGAUCUCGCCGAAGCCGCAGCGGGGCAGCGCCGAGCGGCGGGGGGCGGCGGGGAUGCAGGGUGAAGUGACACUCGGCUCUUCCAGCUCGGUGGCUGCGGCUUCGCUCCCACCCCGGGGCAGGCACACCCCAGCCGGCGAGGGGCACGGCUUGGCACUGCCCGGCAGGCUGAGUGAGUGGGGAAUCCAGCCCUCGCUGUGGAGCAAGGACGAUGUCAUCCACUGGCUCAGGUGGGCAGAGAGAGAGUAUUCCCUUCAGCAAACGGACGAAAGCAAGUUUGAAAUGAACGGCAAAGCCCUGUGCAUCCUCACCAAGGACGACUUCAGAUUCCGCGCUCCUGGCUCAGGCGACGUGUUGUACGAGUUGUUCCAGUACAUUAAGACUCAGAGGACAGCUCUGAUGUACAGCCCUUUGCUGAAUUCACCCUUCCAAGAGGCCAAGAGCACGGGGGAAGGGCUCUGGAAGAUGUCCCGGGACCCAUCUCAGUGCAGCACGAGGAUUUCCCUUGCAGGGAUGGGCGGUGGUGCAGAGGCUGCCCUGGUUGCUCCCUCCCCCUGCCUGGGGCACACUGAGCUGUCCCCAUCCCGCAGCCGCCACGAGCCCCUGAACCUCUCCCAUCCCAGCACUGAGGGUGGCUGCAGGGCAGACCCCAUCUGCUCUUUUCCUGCAGCCCCAUCAGCACCAGUGAAUGGGAAAAUAGCAGACUGCAGGCUGCUGUGGGAUUACAUCUACCAGCUCCUGUCCGACAGCCGCUAUGAGCCCUACAUCAAGUGGGAGGACGAGGAGGCCAAGGUCUUCCGCAUCGUUAACCCCAAUGGACUUGCCCAUCUCUGGGGGAACCACAAGAACCGGAUGAACAUGACGUACGAGAAGAUGUCCCGAGCGCUCAGGCAUUACUACAAGCUUAACAUCAUCAAAAGGGAGCCGGGGCAGAAGCUGCUGUUCAGAUUUCUGAAGAGUCCCGGGGAGAUCAUCCAGGAGAAAUCCUGCAGGCUGGAGCAGCUGGAAAACGAGGAGCACGAGGAGCUCAGGGAAGAGCCCCUGGAGGAUUCAGCGCAGGAAACCACGGAGGGUUGUGUUUGCAGCGCUGCGCGGGGGGACUUGUGCUCUGCUGGGAAGUGCCAGCACCUCCUGCUCUCUGCACAGGAGGCGGCAGGGGGGGUCCUGGAUUCCAAAACUUGCCUUGAGCCAAAGCUGUGAUGCCUCUAGGGCUCAAAGUUGCUGGUAAAAGACUGCUUGGAUGUUACAGCACGAUGAGCACGCACGCGGGGUCACUGCAGCUCUGAACCGGAGAUGUUCCCCUGACCCCAGAGGGGACAGAUGUGCUGUGCACUGCGAUCUGUCUCCUGUGGAGCUGUCAUUAAGGGUGGGGUUGUGCUGAAGGAUCGGUCUGGAGCUUCAGGCUGUGCAGAUGUGUCCCACUGGGUCUUGUUUAAAUUCCUGUCACUCCUUUUAAUCACGCUUUGUGUAACCAGAUGGCUAAAUAACGUGACACGAAACAGGCCAGUACUGAAUGUGA